AUGGCCUCAUCCAGGCAUGCGGAGAGGGGCGGCCGGACGGUGCCUUCGUUUGUGGCUUCGGCCGAAGCCCGCGAUGAUGAGAGGGAGCGGCGGCGGUCUCAGUCUAGACGCGAGGACCGGCACCACCAUCACCAUCACCGUCACCACCACAGAUCGCGUGAUGAGCGAGACUUUCCGGGACGGCGUCCCAGUCAUCGGGAGGACCGCAAGGAGAAGAGCAGUAGUGGCCGACGAGAGAGAGGCCGCGAGACUCGGCAUAGUCGCCCCGAGGGCCAUGAAGGCCGAGCCAAAGGAGAGAGCAGCAGAGAUGCAGACAGCACGCUCUUCACGGCCGAUACGCGCGGCGACCCGCUGAUCUGGCAAUUUGGUGCCAACGACCGCAGACGAGUCCCCGUCUACUCUCGGUUCCGCGAGGGACGCUCUGUUCUCGGCGCAGAGAGCCGGUUCCGGUUCAGCCACGAAGGUGCACAGGAGUUCUUCUUUGUGGCGCCGCCAACGGAUGGCGGCGUGCCCAUUCUUCGCGACAAGAGCCACCCGCUGCUGGUCCGGGCUAUGGCAGCCAGUGCGGCCAAGGCGCCACGGCCGCCAGCAGGAGGCAGCGCUGAUGUCGGCAGCUUUGGAUCCGACUUUGUUCCCCUGCGUGCUUCACGCAAGCGGAAGCGCAGCUCUGGCAGCACCGACAACGACAGCGAUUCCGGCCAGUUGUCAGACUCGACGUCAUCGUCAUCCUCGGACAUGGACGAAGAGGACGACGACGAUGUCGACGAUGGCGAUGACGAUUUUGUGGCGAGCGACGCGGCAUCCGAGCAGCUGAAGCAUCAGAUGGUCGAGCUCUCGCGACGGGUCAAAGAGCAGCCCGGCGACGUGGACGCGUGGCUAGAGCUCGUCGAUCUGCAGGACCAGCAGCGUCGUCUGCUGGGCAACUCGGAUCUCGCGCUAGGAGGCAGUCGCAGGGCGCCGUCACAGGACGAGAUAGCGGGCGUGGCCAAGGUUAAGCUGUCGAUGCUGGAAUCAGCCCUGAAAGGCACGACGGCGGUGGUAGACCGGGAGCGCCUGCAGCUGGCAGCGAUGCGCGAGAGGGCCAAGAUGGACACGCCGAAACAGCUGGCCCAGCGAUGGCAGGACCUCGCGGCCGACAGUCCAGGUGGCGCCCUCGGAUUUGCGCUGUGGAGGGCACGUCUCGACUUUGAGAUGACCAGCCUGUCGAGCUUCACCGUGGAUGGGCUACGGGCCUUUCUCGAGGCCCGUCUGCGGCAUAUGGAGGAUGAAGCAAAGGCAGUAGCGGCAGCAGACGAAAAGAACAGCAUGGAUACGCAACUGGUCGAGAUCUACGGACAGAUGGUGUAUGUGUUUUUGCGGGCGACACGCUUCCUCUACGACGCCGGCUUCAGCAAUCUGGCCACAGCCGCGUGGCAGGCGCUGCUAGAGAGCACGUUUGCGCGGCCAUCCGAGACAACUGCCGACACAGGUCUCGGGGCCUUUUGGGACAGCGAGGUGCGACGGAUCGGCGAGGACGGUGCCCAGGGCUGGCGAUGCUUUGCAGCCGACGUGACAGCCGGCAAGGACGUCGACAGUCUAUUGCCAGACGGUGAUGGACAGGUGCAGUUGCAGGUGCUGCCGACCAUCGAUCUGGACAGGAUUGUCGACGGUGAAGACGCGGAAGAGCAGCUGUCAGUCUACAAGGCGUGGGUGACGGUCGAGAGGCAGCGGGCGGCGCUCUCAAGGCUGCCGGCGCGGCUGACCGACGACGUCGAUGACGACGGCUACGACGACGUGUUCCGGACCAUCGUGUUUGCGGACAUGGAGAGCCUGCUAUUUACCGUGCCGCUGAGGCUCACACAGUCCCUGCAGCCGCUGCUAGUCGACGCCUUCCUGGUCUUCUGCCAACUGCCGCCGGCCUUUGCGACGAGCAGCUGGAUCGAGGCCGCGCGCAACGACCCGUUCCUGGCCAUUGUGUAUCUGGGAUCGGACAGACCGGAUGCCGAUCUGCUGACAGACGUCGGCGGCCGCAGGCCACCAGAUCUUGCCUGUGACGGCAGCCGUGUCGCCGUGUCGGCCGAGCUGCUCUUCGCACAGCCAGAAUGGUUCUGCUACCUGCCCGACUGGCUGCGGCAGCCCGAUGGCGACAACAGAGCCCCCGUGCCGCCACGAUGGGUGGCCAACACGCUGCGACAGCUGGUGCGCUCGUUUGGCGUCGAGAACUUGGCCGCUUACAGCCUAGCGGUCGAUGCAGCCGUGCAGCCAGAUCACGUGAAAAAGGCCGCACGGGCGCUUCUCAAGCAGUACCGCACAAACACGGCGCUGUACAACGCGUACGCCCUGGCAGAACUGUCGCGCGGUCAUGGCGAUGUCGCCCGCUCCGUGCUGUCGCCGGCCGUGGCAGCCUCGGCCGCAGCAAGCCCUCCGGACGUGGAGGCUGAGAUGACACUACGGCAGACGUGGGCCUGGAUGGAGCUCGAAGCCGGACACAAGAAUGCAGCCGUGCGCCGUCUUUUGCCAACAGACGCUGUCGAGGCUUCCGACGACAACGACAUCCCCAUUUCCCCGUCUCAGCUGCUCCGGGCUCGCCGUGCCAUGCACACAGAAAUGGACUACGGGCUCUCUAUGGGUCACAUCGACCGGGCUACACUGUUUGCCGAGUCGUCUGUGCUGCUCGAGUUUCUCUGCGCCACCGAAGACAGGCCUACGGCAGCCCGGUCGACGUCUCGCCAGGGAAACCUGGCUGCCGCGCUGACGGCCUCUGCCGCCUUUUCCGACGAGAUGCUGGCCCGUGGCCACGGCCAGACGGCCGCUCACGAGCGCCUCUUGCAGUGGACGUCCCGCGUCCUGUAUUUCCACGCGAGUCACGGACCAUACCGGCCAGCCGAGCUGCAGGCGCCGCUGCGCCGCUUUGUCGAGCUGUUUCCGCGCAACGGCCUCUUCCUGCGGCUGUUUGCCUGGAUCGAUCCAGCCUCGGCCUCGGGGCUGUCACGGUUGCGGCCCGACGAUCCGGUGCGACAGAUCCUCGACACCGUCGUGCUGACGCGCGCGCACGACUGUCCCAGCAGCCGGGCGUUUGCCGUUCGCUUCGCAGGCGGCACGUCCGGCGGCCGUGGUGAUGCCCACGCUGUGCAGACAGCCUUUGCGCAGGCGCUGGUCCCCCCUGACGGCACCCCGACGGCCUGCCAGGACAGCGCAGCCCUCUGGCAGGCAUAUGUGCACGUGACGGCUGUGGCAGCGCUCACGGCACGUCGCAGCCGCGGCCGGCUCGACCGCAAGGACGUGCUGCUGCAGGCGUUUGGACCCGCUACCGCACUCGUCGCCACGUCCGCAGCCACGGCCGGCGCGGCCAUGACGCCCGCCGAGCUGCGGGCCGUCUUCCAUACGAUCGUCACAGAGGGAUUGCGCGUGCACGUGGACCUGGGCCUCGUCCUGGAGCGGGCCGGUCAGAUGGCAGAGCAGAGGAGGGCAGCCGCAGGCAGGGGCCGACAAAACGACACAUAG